AUGGCGAGAAUGCCUGGCAGCGGCAGCGACUGGAACACCGGCAGCAGCGGCGGCGGGGAGAACAAUGGGGGGGACCGGCCGCCGGGCCGCGGUGGCACCCACCGCCCCCACCACUACUGCAGCGCGGGGGAGGACGAGGACGGGGAGGACGACGAUGAGAUCCAGGAGGUGCAGAUAACGGGGGACGAGGAGAACGGCGCCGAUGGGGGGCUCCUGCUACUGGACGAGGAAGAGGAGGAGGAGGAGGAGGAGGAAAUGGGGCUGGAGUGGGACGGCGAGGAGGAGCCGCUGGAGCCCGAGCCGGUCCUUAUGAUCAGUAUGGCCCGGGCCAGUGGCGGGCUGGACUCCUCUUGCGGCGGCGGUGGCGGCCGCCUUGGAGGCGGCUGUGGUGGCGGCAUCGGGGCAGCAGCAGUUGGGGGCGCCCCAGUCCCCGCUAGCGCCCGGGGCGCGGAGGACUCGGACCCGGAGACCGACCUGCUGCUGCAGCGCCCCGAGCGGGCCCGGCUGAGCGAGAACACCCGGCUGGCCACCCGCUACGCGGUGCGCAUCUUCCGGGAGUACCUGAGCGAGAAGUCCCAGAGCCCGGACUUCGAGACCAUGGACAAGGGGGCGCUGUGCCGGGUGCUGCGCUCCUUCUACGCCGAGGCCCGCUCCAAGAGCGGCCAGCUCUACUCCAAGUCCUCGCUCAUCAGCAUCCGCAGCUCCCUCAACCGCUACCUCAACGAGCCGCCCUACUGCCGCACCCUGGACCUGACCAAGGACCCGGAGCUGCGCGCCGCCAACCUGACGCUGGCGGCGGUGAUCCGCAAGCUGGAGGAGCAGGGCGCGGGGCCGGUGGUGCAGAAACAAGCCAUCACCCGGGCGGAUCUGCGCAAGCUGUACACCUGCAGCGUGUUCAGCACGCAGAGCCCCUUCGGGCUGCUCAACAAGGUCUGGUUCGAGACCUGCAUGUACUUCUGCACGCGGGGCCGCGAGAACCAGCGCGAGCUGGAGGAGGACUCCUUCGGGCUGGCCAUGGACGAGGACGGCCGCAAGUUCGUCUACUUCAAGUCCCUGGGACCCUACCACAAAUCGCGCUCCUCCUCCUGGAGCAAGAAGCGGGCGGAGAGCAGCGACGAGGAGAACCUGCCCCGCAUGUACGAGACGGGCACCGAGUACUGCCCUUACUCCAGCUUCGUCAAGUACCUGGCCAAGCGCAACCCGCUGUGCAAGGCCUUCUUCCAGCGGCCGCGGGACCACUGCAGCGAGGGGGAUGUCACCUGGUACGAGAACAAGGCCAUCGGCAAGAACCUGCUGGGCACCCGCAUGCAGAUGCUCUCCAAGGCGGCCAAGCUCUCCAAGACUUACACCAACCACUGCAUCGGCGCCGUCUCCAUCGCUACCCUCAACAGCAUCGCUGGCAUCGGCACCAAGCUGGGCGGGCACCACCCGCACCCCGCUGGAGCAGCAGGGGGCUGCUACACCGCCGCCCAGGCCAUCCUCAACGGAGGGCACCGGCACCGGCCCCCGCCCGCCCCCGCCAACACCUACAUCCUCCCCAAAGACAGCGACGUCCCCCACGUGAAGGCAGAAGCGGCCGCUCUGACCCCGGCCAAGCGUUCCCUCUACGAGGCUGUGUACACUGGGGCGGCCGCAGCCGGGGGGGAUGCUUGCGGCCCCUCCUCGUCCCCCAAAAGACUCUGCCUCCGCCCCGCCGAGCCCCUGGACGCUGCUACUGCCGCUGCCUCCGUGGUGGUGGUGUCAGUGAAACACGACCCCCUGCCUCUCCUCCUCCCCGAAGCCAAUGGGCACAGAAGCACCAACUCACCCACAGUAGUUUCACCUGCUAUUGUUUCCCCCACACAGGACAGUCGGCCAAAUAUGUCAAGACCUCUGAUCACUAGAUCCCCUGCAUCUCCAUUGAACAAUCAAGGCAUCCCCACUCCAGCACAGCUCACAAAAUCCAACGCACCAGUUCAUAUUGAUGUGGGUGGGCACAUGUACACCAGCAGCUUGGCCACGCUUACUAAAUACCCUGACUCCAGAAUUGGAAGGCUUUUUGAUGGCACGGAGCCCAUUGUUUUGGACAGUCUCAAGCAGCACUAUUUCAUUGACAGAGAUGGGCAAAUGUUCAGAUAUAUCUUGAAUUUUCUACGAACAUCAAAACUCCUAAUUCCUGAUGAUUUCAAGGACUACAGUUUGCUAUAUGAAGAGGCAAAGUAUUUUCAGCUCCAGCCCAUGCUAGGUGAAAUGGAAAGGUGGAAACAGGAUCGGGAGACUAGCCGUUUUUCAAGGUCCUGUGAGUGCUUGGUGGUGCGUGUUGCCCCAGAUCUUGGAGAGAGGAUUACACUGAGUGGCGAUAAAUCUUUGAUAGAAGAAGUUUUUCCAGAAAUUGGUGACGUGAUGUGUAAUUCCGUCAAUGCUGGCUGGAAUCACGACUCGACCCAUGUCAUCAGGUUUCCAUUGAAUGGAUACUGUCACCUCAACUCAGUUCAGGUACUUGAGAGGUUGCAGCAAAGAGGAUUUGAGAUUGUUGGCUCGUGUGGAGGAGGGGUGGACUCUUCCCAAUUCAGUGAAUACAUACUGAGGCGAGAACUCAGAAGGACGUCUCGUGCACCCUCCGUCAUUCGAAUAAAGCAAGAGCCUCUGGACUAAAUGGACAUGUUUCUUUAUGCAAAAAAAGGACGUUACAUGUGCAGUUUGGACACCUAACAAGUCCUGGAACUAAAAUUGAAUAAAGACGCCUUUGUAUGAAA